UCCCGGCAGGCAUAUGAAUUGAGUUUGACAAGAUUUCAGAUCAGUUGAGGAGAGAUCUUUUUUUAAACCGAGGCAAACAUCCAAGAAACCUGUUCAACGGGAAGUAUCAUCGUGACAUGUGGACAUCUUAGAAAAUGAGAUAGCCGGAGCAACAACAAGCUGUGUUUUUACUCCGGGAUAUACGACUAAUUUCACUGUUUUUGCUAGUAGCAGUACAUUUUUCAGCAAUGCAAAACAACAACAGUGCACAACAGCGAUUGUAAGUGACCGUGAGCAUUUCCUGACACCGACAGGUAACUUCAGGUGUUACCUGAGCUGCCAUGGCCGUGGACGAGAAACCUGGAGCAGGUGUACGCUCCGGAAGAAUGAAUGUAGGCCGACAUCAGAUGGUGAAGUUUGGGAUCAACCCUGCAGCUCUGUCUUAUGCCAUGACCACACUGGGAGCCUCCAUGAUCAACAAUAUAUUCAGCUUCUACUACGUGAAACUGUUUAUCAAUAAGUACCAGGUGUCAGAGGGAGCUUUCCACCAAUCACAGGUGGUUUACAUGGUGUGGAAUGCAGUCAAUGAUCCUCUCUUCGGCUACCUGCAAGAUAACUCCAGGGUGCCCUGCUGCUCUCAGCGACGUCUCUCCAUCCUGUAUGGUGCUCCCCUCUACUCGCUCACUUUUCUUCUAGCCUGGUUCCCGUGGCGAUCCUACGCCCCUGGCGACUGGUUGAGCGGCUUACACUUGGCCGUGGCGCUGUGCGCCUUUGACGGCUUGCUGACGUUUGUGCUGCUGGCACAGUGCGCGUUGUUUGCGGAGAUUUCCAGCCACCAUCAGAACCGACUAAGACUUAUAAAGUACAACCAGGUGGCUUCUCUCAUUGGCUCAUCCAGCGUCCUCUUCUGUGGUGUGGUUUCCAAAAACAUGGAGGACUUUGGGUCCUUCCAAGCCUUCACAGUGUUGAUCGCUAUCCUGAGCUGCUGCUGCAUGCUCUAUACGGGCUUCCACAGCGAGAGCCGCUUUGAUAACAAAGGAUCUGUAUCAGAUGAAGACAGGCCUGCUGACCAAGCUUCCCAUCCCCAGUCGGCCACUUCCAUCUCCAUGUUAAAAACGUUGACGUGGCAAAUCCUGACCAACAGGGACUUCCAGCUUUUUGUGAUCAUGAACUUCUUCCAGGUUUUCAUGUUGGCUUUCUUUAAUAACUUUACCAUGAUAUUCACUGAGCACCUGAUUCCUCCUGAUUUACUUCCAUCACUGGCCAAGAGCAUCAUGUACGGAGCAGGAUUCAUCUGUCCACAGCUGUUAGUACUAAGCUGUCAGAGCCUCCUCCAUGGUCUUGGCUACUACAGGAUCAUCCUCUUCGCCUUCUACAUGGAGGCUGGAAUGGCAGCUAUCAUGCUAGCACUUGGUCCUCAGCACUACUAUAUCCUGGCAUUUUUCCUCACCAUUAAUAUGGUCAUCAUCCAAGCCUGCUUCAGUCUUUUUGGCUUGCCUUUGGCUGACAUCAUUGACACAGAUCUGCAGAAGUACAAGCGCAGUACCCCUCUCUCCUCCAUGGUGUUUGGCACGAAUGCUCUGUUCACCAAGCCGGCUCAGUCUCUGGCCCCUAUGUUAGUGAUUAACAUCCUCAACCAGUUUGGCUAUGAGCAGCUGAAGCAAGCAGGAAAGGAUUCAAAUCCAAGCACCGUGGAGAGCCUCCACAGUGUCAUGUUCUACCUGGUGUGUCUGGUGCCCAUGUUUGUCGCUGCUCUGCAAGCCCUGGCAUGGAGGCCGUUUUCCAUACGCAACAGUCACACCGUUGACACAAAGUAUAUCGACGGCUAACUUCACUAUGAUCACAAAUAAAAGGGAACUUGUUGAUGUUUCUGUAGAUGGGAAAUUCUGUAUUGUUAGGUAAGAAAUUAUGUGUACACAACUGUAUAUUUGAGAGAAUGCAGGGUGGUGCUGAUGCAGUUUAUAUUGUUAACACAAGGGAAACAUCUUGGGAGUGCUGAAAGCCGACAGCAAGUAAAUAAAACCGUUUGAUCUAAUCGCA